AUGAUCCUGGUGGAGAAAGACAGAGUGGAGGGCACUGAAGCCACCGGGAGCGGAGCGAGGGUUGAAGUGGGCAGAACAGAGAACCGCAGUCUGCCCGCCCCUCCGCCAGGGUCUCCGAGCUCGGACGCACGGAACCGAUGCGUGGUCGCGGCCGAGGCGUGUACCGCAGACGCACAGUGUCAGCAGCUGCGCACCGAGUACGUGGCGCAGUGCCUGGGUCGGACCGCGUCCGGGGGUUGCCCCCGUGCCCGAUGCCACCGCGCCCUGCGCCGUUUCUUCGCCCACGGAUCGCCCGCGCUCACCCACGCACUACUCUUUUGCCCGUGCUUUGAUCCCGUGUGCGCCGAGCGCCGGCGCCAGACCUUCGUGCCCGCCUGCGCCUUCUCCGGGCCCGGCCCAGUGCAGCCCUCCUGCCUGGUGCCCUUAGACGCCUGCGAGCACAGCAGGGUCUGCAGGCCCCGCCUUCUGGCUUUCCAGGCCUCCUGCACCCGGGUCCCCAGCGUCCCCGACGGCUGCCCACUAGAUCAGGCCUCCCGCUGCUUGCGCGCCUACGCCGGCCUCGUGGGCACCGUUGUCACCCCCAACUACGUGGACAACGCCAGCGCCCGCGUGGCGCCCUGGUGCAACUGUGGAGCCAGCGGAAACCGGCGGGAGGAGUGCGAAGCUUUCCGGGCGCUCUUUACCAGGAACCACUGCUUGGAUGGUGCCAUACAGGCCUUUGACAGCUGGCGGCCCCCAGUCAUGCAGGACCAUCAAGACCCCCGCCAGGACCUUGAGCACAGCUUCCUGGAGGUGUCCUUGGCAGUUGGGCCCCUAAAGGGGUGCUUCCUGCUCUCCACGCUCCCUGUCCUGGCUCUCCAGCCUCUGCUCUGACGAGGACAGCAGAUCUUGACAGCACAGCCAACUCUCCCACCCUGCCUGGAGUACAUGGACACCUCCGUGGCCUGCUGCCCCAGUGAAAAGGGACUGGUUGGCCUCUCAAGCUGGCUCCCGUGCUCUUGACCUUUGCAGGUCUGGACACCCUGUGUGCCCGUUCCCUGGAGUGAGGCGUAUAGGCUAUAGGCCUGAUUGCAAAGCCCAUGGUUUUCCUUCCAGUAGGUUUCUUGGUUGUAGAUCUCUCUCUCCACAGACCUUGGAACAGUUGGGCUCUCCCACAGGGUAGGCAUGGAAGGGGGUCACCUGUGUAGCUGAGGCCUCACCAGGGCUCCAGAUAACCUAGAGAAGGUCAGAGACCAUCCAGACUCUCAGAAUCAUACAUUUUAUCAGCCUUCCAACCAGAUCAUGCCUUAAGGAGUACAUCUGAACAAACUUGUAGGCAACCCCCCCUCUAACACCACAGCCUUUCAUGGCACCCUCCCAGUUAGGCAGCACCCGUGAUGAUAAUCACCUGUGCCCCAUGACAAGUGUUGGCAGAGUGCUUUCCAUCCACGAUAUGUUGCUUGGUGGGUACCACCUGGAGUUGGUGAGAAUCCAGUCCCCUGCAUUGUACUGGUCAUAUGGCCACCUUUCCCAUGGUUUCACCCAGCACUAGGAAUGGCCUCCACAGCUCAAUAAACCCAUGUACACUGACACUGGCCUUGCUCUCAUGUGAUCUGUGUCCUGGGACCCAUGGUUAGCCACAGGGUGUGUUUUUGUUGGCCUGUGUGACUUCAGAUGGCCUCGGAACCUUUCUGGGCUCUGUCUCCUCACCUACAGAUGCCAAA